UUUUUAAACGGCAGUUGAAAUAACAUGCGAGUCGUUAUCGUCAUGUAAUAUGAACGAGGGAAGUAAAUGUUAAGAUACUUUGUCAAAGUGAUUAGUUAAGCGAAUAUGUCGGAUAGUAUAAAGGUCGCGAUUAAAGUAAGACCUUUAAUUAAACGUGAGAAAGACGAAAAUCAGACUAUUCAAUGGGUGGUUCAAGGAAAUUCUAUUGUAUCCACGGAUACGGAAAUAAAGAAACGUGGAGAUGGAGGAUUUUGCUUCGAUCAUAUUUUUGACAUGAACGCAUCGAAUUCAGAUGUAUUUGAUACUAUAGUAAAACCUAUUGUUGAUGCCGCAGUAAAUGGAUUUAAUGGAACCGUAUUUGCUUAUGGCCAGACAAGUUCUGGCAAAACAUAUACGAUGAUGGGUACAUUAGAGGAACCAGGUAUUAUACCACUUGCUAUUGAACACAUGUUUGAUGCCAUCACAAAUACAAAUGGACGAGAAUUUUUAUUAAGAAUAUCAUAUUUAGAGAUUUAUAAGGAGAAAGUUAAUGAUUUAUUAAAUAGAGGUGGUAUUGAUUUGAAGUUAAAAGAAGAUAACACUGGACAGAUAAUUUUACAAUGCAAAGAAGAGAUUACAAACUCUCCAGAAAAUAUGAUGUCUAUAAUGAAGAAGGGUGAUAAGAAUAGAAGAACAGGAACUACUAACAUGAAUGAGCGGAGUAGUAGGAGUCAUACUAUAUUUAGAAUUACUAUUGAAAGUAGAGAAGCUGGAGGAGAUUCGGAUGGUGCAAUUCAAGUGUCACAAUUAAAUUUAGUGGAUCUUGCCGGUUCUGAAAGAGCACGGCAAACAGGAGCAACUGGUGAAAGAUUUAAAGAAGGCCUACAUAUUAAUUUAUCUCUUUCCACACUGGGUUUAGUAAUUAUGCAAUUGAGCGAACUGCAAGAUGGACAAAAGUAUGUAAAUUUCCGUGACAGUAAAUUAACAAGACUACUUCAAAAUUCUUUAGGUGGCAAUGCUAUGACAGCUAUAAUUUGCGCCGUGACACCCGCCGCUUUAGAUGAAACCCAAUGUACAUUGUCAUUCGCAUCUCGGGCGAAAAGUGUAAAGAAUAAACCGCAAGUGAACGAAGUGAUGUCUGAUGCAGCGCUUUUGAAACGUUAUGCGAAACAAUUGUCGAAACUCCAGGCAGAAUUACAUAAAAUAAAAACCGAAAAUCGGGUCGCUGAAGUUGAGGAAAUGGAAUCUAAGUUGCAGGAAAAAGAACGUAUUAACCAGUUACUGGAAGAACGUAUAGAGUUACUAAAAACUCGAAUCGUUUCUGGAGAUGCACCAAGCGAUGAUUCCUUCAAGUCCAAGUCUAAGAGAAGACAGACAUGGGGUGGCCCCGGAAUGUUUAAUAAACAGUUACCUGUUUUCCAACCGGCACCAGGUUUACCAGUUAUAAAAGAAACAUCCAGCGUUAAGUCACAUAGAAAGAGUAUUAUUCAAUCUGUUGAUCUAAUGAACCAAACUUUUCAAACAGCUUUUACUGAUUUUGAGUUAGAAUUAUUUGAGAGCGAACGUGACCGGGUAAACGGAGACAGCGACAGCGAAGAUGAACCGUAUAUCACAAAACGCCGACAUCGUGUUACAUUCAAGGAUGAUGUAUGCAGCAUUAAAUCUAACAACAGUAUAACACCAGAGAAAAUUAGUACAACGCCACCGAGGAGCAAUACAGCAACUCAAACGAUGAGCUAUCAAGCAUCCCCUUCCACGCCAAAACAUGUUUUACGACGAUGUAUAACAGAUUUGACAAAAGAAUUCGUAGAGCUUCGUGAGUUCACAACUCUGGAAAAACAGUUAUUAUGUGAACAAAUUCACUGUCAUGCGGAUGAAGACGAGAGAAUAAAGAAAUUGGAAGAAAUGGAACAAGAGAAACCAGCUUCAGAAUGUUACAUGGUGGAAUACACUCCAGAAGUGAGAGAACGACUUAAAAUUCUGAAUCUUGCAGAGGAGAACAAUGUUAAACGUAUAAUCAGUGCAUUGUGCGGUAAACUUAAGGAAAUUGAAGAACAAAAUAUCUUGGAAAAAGAUGCAAAUCAAAAAGUGGGAAAACAGUUUUCAGAGUUGAAAAAACAAAUUCAAAAUAUCACUUCUGAAAGAGACGAAUUUGAAUAUAUGAGUCGCGAAUUACGUACAGAACUUAAGAAAAAAACAACAGAGUUGGAAUUAAAGAAUAUGUCCGAGGAAAGUAUAAGAGAAGAGGAAAUAAAGAAAAUCUUGGAAUUGGAGAAGAAACUUAAGAGUGUUAUGUCAGAGAAAAAAGGCGUGGAAGAGUUGAACGUCGAUUCAACGAAAAGAAUUACAGAAUUACAGAAAGAGGUUGACAAUAUCAUAUCCGAAAGAAAAGAGUUCGAGCAUAUUCGUCGUGAACUGUACACGGAAUUAAACAAGAAAUCUUUAGAAGUAGAAGAAUUACAGAAACAAACCAAAGAAAUUACAGCUGAAAAAGCCAAGUUGGAACAGACUACUGUAGAUUUAAGGGUUGAAUUAAAUCAGAUGAUCUCGGAUAAAGAAUCAAAAGUUAUUCUGGAACAAGUUACACAAAAACAAACGACAGAAGAAGCUUGCGAGUUACAAAAACAAAUUGAAAAUCUGACUUUAGAAAAGACUGAACUUGAACGCGUUAACGCUGACUUAAAGAUUCAAUUAGAAUCAAGUUUGGAAUCAAAAAGUAUAGCGGAGCAAAUUGCAGCACAAGAAUCUGUAAAGAAGAAUUUGGAGUUAGAAGAACAAGUUAGGAAUCUUAUUACCGAGAAACAGGAACUUAAAAAUUGCAACGUUGAGUUAAAUAAGAAGAUUGCUGAAUUUGAGUCUGCUAUAAAAUUGAAGGAAACCAUGCAUGAAGAAGCAAUUCAAAAAGUUUCUGUACUGCAAAGGGAAAUUGAAAACCUAGCAACAGAGAAAAAUGAAUUGAAACAGGUAGUACAAUUAGAACAGAUUGAAUGUCAAAAGGAGAUGAUGAUUGAGAAGAUAUCCGAAUUAACAAAACAAGUUGAAGAUAUACAGAAUCAGAAAAAUGAACUCGAACGUGUUAAUACUGAUUUGCGGGCUGAAUUAGAUCAAAAGACUUCCGAAUUUGAAGCGAGAAUAAUGCUAGAACAAGUUGAGCACCAAAAGGGACUGCAGAAAGUGUCUGACCUAGAAAAUCAGGUGAAGGAUAUGAUAGUCACAAAAACUGAAUUGGAAGAAACUGUAAGUUUGCAGCAAAUCGAAAAUCAGAAGGCGACGAAGAAGAUUUCUGAAUUGGAGAAACAAAUUGAAUGUAUAACAAUUGAGAAAAGUGAAUGCGAGCGUACUAAUAUUGAAUUACAUGCUGAAUUGAACCAGAUAUCUUCAGAAUUAGAAACAAAAGCAUCAGAACUAACUGAGUACAAAAAAUCGAUGGAAAAGAUUGCCGAACUUGAAGAUGAUAUUAAAAGGAUCACGUCUGAGAAGAAUCAGCUUUUACAUCAUAAUUCUGAAUUGCAAGCAGAAUUGGUUCAGAAAUCUUCAGAAAUAAAUGCGAAAACAACAACGGAACAUAUUCAAAUUGAGCAGAUGCAAGAGAAGGUUUCAGAGUUAGAGAAACAAAUUGACAAAUCAGUAACUGAGAAAAGUGAAUUGGAGCGUAUUAUUGCUGAAUUGCGUUCUGAGUUAACAGCUACAGUAACAUUAAAGCAGACUGAAACUCAAAACGCGAUAGAGCAAAUUGCAGAACUGAAAAAACAGAUGGAAAGUAUGGUUUCUGAGAAGGUUGCAAUUGAAAAUGAACUGCGUAUGGAAUUGGAUAAAAGAACAUCUGAAGUGGAAGCCAAAGCUGAACAAGCAGAAAUUAUGAAAGCAAAAGAAACAAUACUAGAACUGGAAAACAAAGUUGAAAGUUUUAUGUUGAAACAAAAUGAACUACAUUGUAUUAUUACUGAGUUGAACGAAAAGAAUUCUAAAUUAGAAUCAUUGGUUAAUACGGAUCAAGCUUCGAAACAGAACUCUGCCGAAAGGAUCUGCGAAUUAGAAAAGCAGAUUAAUGAACUGAAUAAGAAGGCUACAGUGUUCGAAACAAAAAAUAAUGGUGAUUGUAUCAAUGAGGAUGGUAGUCUUGGGAAUUCUAUAAAAGACUUGCAUCAUACAACGAAUACUGAAAUUGCGAAUCAAAGCCUGAAAGACCUGCAGAAUACAACAAACACUGAAAUUGCGAAUCAAAGCCUGAAAGACCAGCUGGACAAUCAGUCUUCUACUUCUUGGUAUAGAUUUAAUGACAGCACUGCAGACGUGUCGGCUUUAAUGCUGACUAUGGAGGCAGAUAAGAGUCAACUAGAAGAGAAUCUUUACUUAAAAACUCAGGAAUUGGAAGAGAUAAAAUACGACGUUCAAAGUCUUAAACAGGACAUAGAGACUUUACAAAAGACUAUUUAUCUGUUGACAAAUGAGAAUAUGGAGAUGGCUACUAAAUUAACUACUGAACAAGAGAAUGCAGCGCGGGCGGAGCUUAAUCUUCAAAGGACAAUCGAUGAACUUUACACUCGCAUCUCUGAAGUUACCAACGAGAAAAUUACUUUAGAGAGCAACUUGGCAGCUUUGAAUGAUCAAUUGGAAUUGUUACGUUCGAAAUCGGUAGAGGUCAGCAACGAGGAAGAAUUGUUUGCAUCUUAUAGAGAUAAAAUUGACAAGUUGACGGCUGAAAACAUUGAGUUAUCAUCUUCUGUUGCGGACAAGGAGAAGGAACUGGAGAGCAUCAAGGAAAGUAAGUCGCUCCUGUAUGACCAUGAAUGCAUGUUUAAGGAAAAGAUAGCUGUCCUCAUGGAGAGAAACGAAUGUCUGCAAUCGGAGAACGACGAACUCUCCACCGAUUUAAUAGAUAAGAUUGAAGAAAACGAUUCGUUGAAGGAACAGUGCGAAAUGCUGAAAAAGAUGACAGAACAGUCCUUGGCAACGAAUGAAAGUUCUCCCGGAGAUAGUGCAGAAGAUUUGAGAUCCGAGAACAACAUGCUGAGGGCAGAGAUUCUAGAAUUGAAGAGCAAAGUGACCACGUUGUCAGAAGAGAACACAAAAUUCUCGAAUGAUCUGUUGCAAACCAUGGAAGACCUUGAUAAUUCUCGCAACGAAAAGUCGCUUCACGAGACUUCACGUUCUUCGAUAGUGCUCAAUGAUGGGACCGAGAUUGCUGACAACGACACGCAGGAUAUUGUACACGAGGGGAAUCAAGAAGCUGUGGCAAGCAAAAUUACAAUGUUGCAAGAGAAGAUCGACCACUUAACUCGUUUGAAUAAAAAGUUGAGCGACCUGAAAUUAACGUCGUGCAGUCAAUGCGCUCAUUUGAAGAACUUGAACGACAGUCGGAGAGCUCUGAAGUUCGAGGCCAAGGCGUUGAAUCAAAAGUUGGAAGAUCUGCAGAGGAAGUUCGAUCGCAAGUGCGAGGACAUCGAGGUCUUGAAGAACAAAGCUAAUCAGGAAUUAAAUUUAAGCGGACGUGAUAUGUCCGUGAGUGUAAGUUUCGUGGACGAUAUGAAUGUGAGCUUCAUCGAGGAGAGAAUUCAAAAUUUGAACGAUGAACUGCAGACGUUGAAAGCGGACCACGAUAAGUUGACCGUCAUGUACGAGGACAAGUGCACCGAGCUUGGACAGCUUCAGAGCAACAUGAUUCUAGAUGUGUCGGGUAUUAAUUCCUCGUCGAAGAACCGUUCUGAUAAGAAGGGCUACAGAUUAGAGCAAGUUCAGAAUUGUAUUGAUCGGCUGAAAAGCGAUAUAGAUGAUCUGAAGAAGAAUAGCACUAAUUUCACCGCAAUGCUGAAUCAGUUCAGAGUCGAGAAGACAAGUUUAUUGGAGAAAGUUAAUAGUUUGAAGAUGACGAACGAAGAGCUGGAACAGAAAAUAUCUGCGAAUGAGAAUAUCGCAGCAGAGAAGGUACAAGUUCUAGAGAAUGAGUUGGCUAAUAUGAGUAAGGAAAUCGAGGAUUUCUCUAAACGGGAAAAAGUAUUUGAAAACCAGAGGCUGACCUUAGAGGUAGAAUUAGAAGGUCUCAGAGUUGAACAGGAGAAUAAGAAUGUGUUAAUUAAUCAACUGAACGAACGUGUUUCUUCCUUGAGAAGUGAUUUGGAUUUAGUUACAGGUCAGAAGCAGGAGUUGCUCGCAUUAAAUUCCAUGGCCAGCAAUUAUAAGGAGGAAUCGGAUGCAUUGAAGAAGCAAUGCGAGGAAUUGGAAAAUGAGAGGGCACAUAGUAAGGAGUUAGUGCAGGAAUUGGAGGCACGUGUGGAAAAUCUUCAAACAAAACUGACACAACAAGAAUGUUUGUGCGAAGAGCUCCAAGGGAAAGGUUGCCACAUGGAAGAACUCUUUCAGAAAAGUGAAGAGGAGAAGAGUGUGUUACUACAGAAAUUACAAGCGACUGAAGCUGAAUUAAACGAAUUAACGAAUAACUUAGAAACGAGACAUAAAAGUGAACUCUAUUCAAUGUCCACGCAAUACGAGCAUCGCAUUAAGGAAUCUGAGGACAAUCUGCAAAAGCUUAACGAUACGCUGAACAAAUAUGUUGAUGAGAAUCUGAAUUUGAAGCAAGAGGUUACUAGAUUAAGGAACAUGGAGGAAAAGUACAAUGAAGUAAUGAAUGGCAACGAACGCGUAUCCUGUAAAGAGCAAGAUCUAACGAGAGACGUAGAGAAACUUUACAAAGAGUUAGAUGAUAUCAAAUUAUGUAUAACGCAGGAAUUGAAAUCGCUUAAAUGUAGCAUAAAACCUACUGAUCUUUACAGCAAAUCUGUGAACGAGAUUUUCAUAAUCCUGCUGCAAACGCUUGUCUCGAAGGAGCAAGAGAUGAUCAAAACUUUGAGAGAAACUUUCGAGAGGGAGAAACAGGUGUUGGAAGAUGAAAUUGAGCAAUGCGUGGACACGGAGAAGCGGGCAACAACAUGGGCGAGGGAAUUGGAAGCUGAGAUUGAGAAAUUGCAGGUGGAACUGACGGAACGAGAACGCUGUCAAAAGGAAUAUGAAAACAGGAUUUCUGAACUGAACCAUCUCUUCAGAGAGAGCACUCACGAUAACGAAACUCUUAAGAAGAAUAUGAAGACACUGGAAAUGGACUUGCACAAUUUACAAACAGAACUCGAUACACGGUGCAAGAUUGACAGCAAACAAGAGGGAGUAAUCUUUGUAGCUCAGAAGAGAGAAAAAGAAGCGCAGGAAAUAUUUAAGAACAAGGAAUUGGAAUUCCAGUCAAAACUAACAUCUGAGAGGGAGAUGUACGAGAAAAGAAUAAACGACCUUGUACACAAUGUAGAGACCUUUAAAACAAAGAACAUCGAGAUGAACAGUGUCAUAGAGGGGCUCGAUGCCAAUGAGAAACAAUUGAAGAAUAUCAUAGAGGCGAAUGCAGCUGAGAUAAAAAAGAACAAUCAGUACAUAGAGAGAAUGAACGCAGAAUUUGAGCAACUUACGGAUGCUUACAAUGAAAUGAGUCAGCAAGUGGAUAAAAAGACUGCUCACAUAGAAGAGAUUGCAAUGAUUUUAAAGAACAAGUGCGACAUGGUGUCCGAAUACAAAACAAAGCUUGAAACCAUUAUGCCUGAGUACGAAAUGUUGAAGGAACACAUCAAUGAUAAAAAGGCAGUCAUUGAACGCUACAAGGAGGAGAUCGAGACGUUGAAGAAAGACAGGGAGGAGCAACUGGACAUCAUCAAAGACAAGUUGAAGUCGGAGGAAAUAAAAAAUACCGGAUUAACUAAGCAGUUGAAUGAAUUGAACAACAAAAAUGUUGCCUUGAUAGACGAACUGAACGAGUUGAAGGAAAGCUACGAACUGCUUCAACAAGAUAACGCUAAGUUGGAUCGGAAACUCAGGAACAGCACUAGCAAGAUCAAAGCAGAGGCAGAAAUAGAAGAGCUGAAGGAGGCGAACAAGCGGUUGCAAGGUAAUUUGGAAGGUGCGUGCAACCGUGUAGCGGAACUCCAGGAGAUCAAGAACCAGACUCUAACAGAGCUAACCGACGCCAAAGCUAUGUAUAAUCUGUUACUGCAGGAGAACACCGAAAUGAAGAAAACGUUGUCAACCUAUGAAACCAAAUACAACGCUUCGAGCUCGUUGAUACACGAAAGUAAGCUGGACGAGCUUCUAUUGGAGAAAAAUACGGUCGCGUUAGAGCUGGAGUACAAGAAAUUGAUGUUGACUCAAAAGGAGAAGGAGAUCAAAGAAUAUUCGAGCCAGGUGCAGCAGCUGCAAGAAAAGAACAAGGAACUGGACGACGAACUGGAGGAGUACGCGUCGAUAAUCCAAGAGCGAAACAUUGAAAUUUCAGAGCUGGAAGGCAAAUUGCACUCCCGUUUAACGGAGAACGCUCGCAUCAGCGAAUUAGAAGAGAAACUGAAGAAUCUCACCGAGGAGAACGAGAAGUUCCGCGACCAGAUCGAUGCCCUUAAAAUGAGACUGCAAAUGGACACCGAGCAGACGGAGGACACUAAAUUCCGACAGAACGAGAACGUUAUUCGUAUACUGAAGAAAGAGAAUUUCGACUUGCAGUCGAAACUGAACGCUUUCAGGAAACAGACAGAAAUGAAACAGAACAAUGCCGAUACCAGUGGGAUCAAUGAAGUGUCGAUGAAUCAAUCAAGGGAUUUCAGCAAAAAGGUACCAAAUAAUUUAGAGGGUGCUUGGAACCGUGUUACCGAACUCCAAGGUGAAAAGUAUGAGAUUAUGAAAGAGCUGGCGGAUUCGAGGCGGCAGUGUGACAAUUUGUCGAAGGAAAAUCUUGAAGUUAAGAAGGUAUUGCAGGUGUACAAAUGCAAGCUGAACGAGCCGAAUCUGUCGAGGGAAGGUGAAAAACUGGACGACGUGUUGCAAGAGUUAUUGCUUAGUCAGAAGGAUAAAGAGCUUAAAGAGUGUGUCAACAAGAUACGAGAUUUAGCAACUAAGAAUAAAGAUCUGGAUAUCGAAUUGGGGAAAUAUGCAGCGACCGUUCACGAGCGAGACGUGGAAAUUUCGAAAUUAAAGGAGACGUUGAAGCUGUUGAGGGAGGAGAAUAACAAGUUCAAAAGCGAGAUUGCAGAACUUCAGAUUCAAUCGAGAAGCAAUGUACAGAAUGAAAGUGUAAAAAGGCAGUUGCAGAGCGAGACGUCUGACAAGCAUAUCAGCGAAUACGAGGACAAGUGUCAGCAGUUGAACAAGAAGAUCCACGAGUUGGAAUUGCAGCUGGUGUCGAAAAAUGGGAAAAUUGCAACGUUAGAAAUUCAGAUUCAAAGCGAGAGUUUUCCGUAUCAGAGAAAGUGCAAGGAGUUGGAGGAACACUUGCUUGGUUUUCGGAAUAAGAAUAAACAGUUGAACUUGGAAAUAAUGAAACUUCAAAGGACCGUGAACGAUGUCAACGCGUGGGAAUGCGAUAUUUGUAGACGUUGGCGUGUUAAUAGGAAAGAUCAGGGUUGUCAGACGAUACCUAGCAAUUUUGUACGUUUCUGUGGCAGUAACAGCGGCGUUGUCGAGGAUAACGUGAGAAUACAAAAACUGGAGAAACAGAACGCACUGCUGAAAGAUCUGUGCCGUUCCCGAGCUCGGCGCAUUAAGGAACUGGAGACAGAGAUAAAUAGAUUCAAAGAAUUAGAGAGAACGCAAGAAUCCGUUGCUCGUUGACCAUUUAAACCACCGUUAAAGAGAUAUUCUAGUAAUUCAUUAUAUUCGAUUACAUUAUAUCAUUUUAAAACUAGGACGAUGGAAACCGUUCCAUUUCCAUGCGACAGUAUUUUUAAAAGAACAUAAGAUGUUUAUAUGUAUAUACGCUACAACGUGCAAUUAACUGGCACUUUAAACAGAACCGGGAAACUAGUUUACUACGUGGUUAGGCUUAGGACUUUAUGCAUAUAUAAAAUAGAUGGAUCUGCACAACAUACUAAAGUAAGAACUUCAUUAAAGUUUUUAUUUUAUUUUUUGUCGAGUUAAAUGUUGAAAAAGGUGGAGAGAGGACACCCCUUAAUUUUCAUACAUAAAUGAAUCUAUGAAAACUUAUAUUUGCAUAAAUUUCUGUAGCCUAAUUUGUACCAUACGUUCAUGUAUUUAUUCUAAAUAAUGUAAAUAAUCAGUAUACAUAUAUCGGACAUUUGUAAGUAAUUCAAUAUUAGUACUGUGAUUCAUAAUAAGGAUUUUACUUGAGAACUAUUGACUUAAUUAUAUGGUUAAUAAAUAAUAAAUAAAAAUUAUAUACUUUUUAUAAUCAUAUAAAAUUAUUUUUAUUAAAAAAUAUUUUAUUCGGAAUAUUACUA